AUGGAAACUACUGAGCCAAUGAUUCAAGAUGUCAAUUCUCUAAAACCAAUGUCUCCUCCUCCUCAAGCUGAGACUGCUCCUAUCAUGACUGAUACCUUUCAUCAAGAUAAUCAGGGAGAAUCCAGCUCCAACUUUGAAACUGUUGUGCUUUCUCAACUUUCCUUAAUUGUGCAGUUAACUCAGUCAAUGAAUAAAAGGUUGACUAAAGUUGAAAGGGAUGUGGAUACAAUAAAGAGACUUAUGGCCUUAGAUGAUGAUGACGAUAUGGUUGUUGAUGAUAUUCCACCAAAUUCUCCAAAGGUUCCUCGAGGAACUGAUAGUGAUAUUGACUCUGACAAUGAUCAACUUAAUCAUCGAAAGAUAAAGGCUUCCUUCUUAGGGGGAGCUCAUGAUGCUGAAGUUGGAAGCUCUUUUGUUGCUACUGCCAGUGAUCCUUCAAUAUCUCCUCCUAAAAAGAAAAAGCAACCUUAG